AUGGCGGAGACCGAUCAGCCUCUCUCCCUGCUAGACGCCGUCCGCACCCAGCUCACCCUCGAUUCCGACUCUGAGAGCUCUCAGAGCACCGCUGUCAACAUCACCCAUAAGGAUGCCACGCACGAGAAUACCAAGAAGACCCCUGCCAACACUCCCCUCGACCAAAGCAUCUCAACCAAUCCCAGCAUCGUUCUCAUCGAAAACACCAACGACCACGAACCCUUCCCGGACUUCGACGAGCAGAUGUGCGAAGAGCACCGAGACAUCGAAGAGAAAUGGCAAAACGCCUUCGCCAAGGCCGCGCAGGAGGAGAUCCGCACCUACGAGAUCGAUCCGGCCAUCAAAACGCCGCCAGGCCAACCCGAGACUAAGCGCGCUGUCUUGGACAAUAUCAAAGAUGUCCUCUCCAACCCUAGACUGAGCAUGAGCACCUGCAAGCGGUUCAUUGCUCUCACCAAUAUGGUCAUCCAGCUGGACCAUAUCCUCUUCCGACGCAGCGAUGUCUUCAUGGGACCUGAUGACACUGCCGAUGCUGCUGAGAUCGUGAAGCAGAUGCUUCACUGGUUGACCUGGGCGGAUAACAUGCUGCAGGACCUGGUGGCCAUUGCCGACAAUGUCUUCGGUAUCAUGGGGUACCUUGCGGAGGAGAAUGUCUCUGUGGUUCACAAGUACCGACACAUGGCAACAGUGGCAACUACCCAUCUCCGCAAGCCACGUUUCUUGGAGCAGGUCCUUCUGUCGUUGUUCUCCGACCUGUACGAUGUCUGGAUCCACAAUCGGUUCCUCCACAUGAGCAACCGAAUGAUCCUGAAGGAGGACAACCUCGACCCGGCGUGUUUGGCGUUGACCGCGAAUCUGCAUGAGAUAUGGAUGGUGCUCUCGCGGGCAAACAAGAACUACGCUCGCUACCGAAGCUACCUGGAUGAAAUCGUCCAUGUUUAUCUCCUGCCCUUCCAGAAUAUGAUGGAGAUUCCCGAUUCGCCCGAUGAGGAGGAUGUCACUCAGGAGCGUCCACUGCUGGGUGGUAACGAGGAAGUUUGA